AUGGAGAACAUCAACGGAGAGCUUGUCGACCUUUACGUGCCCCGCAAGUGUGCCGCCACUGGUCGUCUCAUUGAGGCCAAGGACCACGCUUCGGUCCAGAUUGCCGUGGCUGACGUGGAUGAGAACGGCAAGAUGAUCCCCGGCUCGUCGACCAACAUCCCCAUCUGCGGUGCUGUGCGCCACCAGGGCGAGAGUGACGACUCGCUGAACCGCGUUUGCCAGAACCUUGGUCGUACGUAUUACUGA